CAAUACAAACAUAAGUUUGCAUUUAAACAAAAUUGUAUUUAAAUUGAUCAAGAAAUUGUUUUAUGUUGUAUCCUCGUAGAUUAUGAUACAAAAAAGUAUUAGAACGAUAGAACACUGUAAUUUAAUUAACGUAGGUCACAGAGAAUUUAAUUCUCUGAAAGAACUAAAGCCGUAGGUGCACUUAAUAAAGUUUUUUAAUAAAUGUCUUAAGAUAAUUUAGCUCGUAGAUCCCAUUAAAUGGUUUCAAACUGUAAAUAUGAGUAUUUCAUUAUCAUUGUGUAGAAUUUGUCUUGAAGAUGGUGCUACAUUACCAAUAUUCGAAUAUAAUAAAAAAGACGAUAGACAUUCGAAACUUAUUGAAUGUGUAAAUGAAAAGAUUGAAGAUGUGGAAGGAUUUCCUCGUUACAUAUGUAAUAGUUGCAAUACCACAUUAGACACUGUUUACAAUUUUAUAAUUAAAUACAAAGAAUCUUCAAAGAUAUUGCAAAAUGGUUUAUUAUUAGUAAAAACUGAAAAUAUAGACCAUAUAAAUGAUUACAGUGCCUUUGAACAUUCUGAUAUAGAAGACUUUAAAAUUAAAACUGAAUUGAGCAUAAACUAUGAAAAUAUUAUGGAUCAUGAUCCAAUAGGGUUACAACCAAAAACAAAAAGUAAACGAAAUAAAAAUAAUGUUAAAAAAAUAUGCAGUAAAAAUGCAUCCAUAAAUAAAACAAAUAAAAUAGCAUCUUCCAUAUUAGAGGGAGAGUUUACAUGGGAUGGAGAACAGUGGUGUUCAAAAUUAAGUGAAUCAUCUAAACAUAAAGCUAAGCAUAAAGAAAAAAAGAACAUUGGAUUCAAACCUAAAAAGAAAGCUAAUACAGCAUUAAAUAUACCUAAACAACCAAAAACAACUUCACCAAAGUUAUGUGAUUUAUGUGGACAAAUUUAUAAAAACCAAGACAAAUUGUCAUUACAUAAAAAGAAGGUUCACUUUAACAACCCAGUCAAAUGCCCUAAAUGUCCACGCGUUUGUGUAUCAGAUUAUUACCUCAGUAGACACAUAAAACGGAAACAUAAUACAGAGAAAAAUUUCAUUUGUUCAUCAUGUGGCCAAAGGUUUGCAUUCAAAGGAGAAUUGAGCUCUCAUUACAAAAAUGUUCAUGAUAAACAUUUGAAACCAAAAAAGAUAUUUAAAUGCCACAUGUGUGACAAAACAUAUAAAUGUCAAAAGUCAGUAAUAGUCCAUGAGAGAUCAGUGCAUACAGGUCAACGGCCUGCGGUAUGUAAUGUUUGUAAUUCAAGCUUUUACCAUGAAGACUAUCUAAAAGAGCAUAUGCGUCUUCAUACCGGAGAAACUCCUUUCAAAUGUCCUAUAUGUGGGCGAGGAUAUGCACAGAGAGGCAAUAUGAAAAGCCAUCUACGGAUACACAGGGUAGCAGAAAUAGACCCGGCUGUUCUAAAUAAAAUGAAGCCAAAUUAUAUUAAACUGCUCAAAGAUUUUCGUUAGAUCAUUUAUUUAAAAUGUUUAAAAUUCUAAUAGAUUUCCUCUAGAAUGUUAAUAUUUUUGGCCAUUAAAUGUUAAUAAUGUUGUUAUAAUUAUAAUAUUUUUAUCUUCUGCAUGUACAGAGUUUAGCCGUCCAUUGGGUCCAAUUUUAAGUUUUUAAUAGGAAUUAGUUUUAUCCUAUACUUAAGUAUUUUUAAUUAUAAUAUUGUGAUAAUUACAAAGACUUACUGUGCAAUAAUAUAUAUUUAAUUCUGUUAGCGAAUACUGUUAAAAAAUAUUAACAAAAUAGUUGUUACAUAUUUACAAGAUAAUUUCUUUGCAUUAUUGAACCCAAUUAAAACUUAGAUUUCAUAUGUAUUGUCAAAAAUAAUUUUUCAUCAAUUUUUGAAAAACUGAAUAAAAUCUGAGAAUAAACUCAAAGUCAACCAUGAUGAUAAUAAUAAUACAUCCAAUUAUUGUGAUCUCUAUAAUUGUGUGAAAUUGUACCUUUGUGUAUGUUAUUUGGAAAAUGGUGCCAAUUAUUUUAAUAAAUUUAAUAAAUUCAAUCAUCUGCAUCAAAUUUAGGAGUAAUAUGAUAAUACUGCAGCAAUAAGAAUGGAGGUGCUUGUGUUUUAAAAAAAGUAGUUUUUUUAUUAGUUGUUGUUUUUUUUACU